CCGACCAACCAGUCAGUCAGUGAUAGUGGAAUCGAGGUGUGCUGGUGAGAGCGAAGCGAACAACUCGGACCGAAGCGCGUACGCAACUUAAUAUCCGGUCGGUCGUUCGACUGCGAGGCUAGCUCUGCGACUGCGACUGCGAUUAGUACGAAUCAAGCGAGCAACCUGUUCGGACGGACAACGUGAAACGUUCCGUUGUGGCGAGUGGUUUUUGGUCAGAAGCACUUAGUCAUAGGUAGGCAUAGUCAGUCAACUAGCUGGGCCAGUCAGUGUCAUUCAGUGGUGUGUUGUUUUUACGAGAGUUUCGUGAGAGAUACAUCAGAGAGCAUCGAGAAGCUGCCCCUCAGAAGAUGAUGCAUGCUAAUUGACACUGGGGGAAGAAGAUAAGAAAAUCGCUGCAAAUUGGUUCAAGAUAUCGCCGCACACGCUUCAGUGAGACAAGUGCAAUUAUCGUGUUUUGCGUGGUGCGUUGCGUUGGUCAAGAAGAGAGAGAAACGACGAGAAGAAAACGAGAUCACGACAGUGAGUGUAGUGGGUGCAAUCGAAACGUGCCAGUGUUUUUCGCGGGUGAAGAAAGAAGGAUUUCGCCAAUCAUAUAGCGUAGAAAUGAGGCGAUUUCAAGUGCACAGAGCAAGCUUUGCGGCGGCACUGCUGGUCCUGAUCAUCGUCAGUGUUGCCAACUGGGCGGACGGCACAUCACUAGAACCGCUGGAAGGCACCGCCUACUAUGGGCGUCGCUUUCGUGGUGGUACCAACAACGCCAACCGAAUGGUGUUCCCCAACGAAAAGGAACGCUACAACGUCAUCAGCAAGGAUGUGAAGCGGGAGGUGGAGAGCGACGAUGGCUGCUUCUAUGAUGAUAUCCCCCUGGAGCUCGCCCUGCAGUUGGGCAAUAUCAGCAGUAGCGACGACGUAUUCAACCAGGGCCUGGUCGAGGAGGACUCCAUCGAUCAUCGUAUCUUCAGCAACGGAUAUGGCGAACGAUCAGGCGGGGAGGUCCCAAAACCGGCCGGAUGUAACACCCAAGCAACGAUCGUGAGUCUUCGACCGGAGAACAACACCGAUCCUCGAUUGAUCUACAGUCCUGCAUGCACCAGAGUCGAACGAUGCAGCGGAUGCUGCGUAUCCAAGCGACUGUCCUGCCAGCCAACGUCCACUCGGUUGAGGACCUUUUCGGUUAACGUCCUCGAGUACGUGUCCGGUACCAAGACCCGCUUCAAGAACCGUGACUUGGCCGUGAUCGAGGAGCACGUUGGCUGCGCCUGCCAGUGCCGAGUCAAGGAAGAGCACUGCAACGUAUUUCAGAAGUACAACGCCCGCAACUGUCGGUGUGAAUGCAAUAACCUGGACGACCGAUCCAAGUGCCUCCAGCACAGCGACAUCAAACAGUGGAACCCGGAGACGUGCGUGUGCGAGUGUCUGGACCCGACGGAUUGCACCAGCGGGUCGUACUACGAUCACAACUUCUGCAAGUGCCUACAGAUCUACUCGGCCACGCGUUCCCGCAACCAAUCUACCAUGGACCGCCGGCGGUUGAUCCUGAAACCCGUCCCGUCGUUGUCCUAGGCUAAGCAACCGUCGUAAGAUCAUCACAAAACAAUGAGAAAUGAGAAGAAGGAAGUGCUUCUAAUUCGGAUGUCGCGUUAGUUAAGCGUGGGUACCUUACGCGCACGCAUCGUGAACCAGUGAACCAGGAAAAGCUAAGCUUGGGCACAACAACUACCGGAAUUUAUUGCUGAUGCAGAAGAAAUCGACAGUACAAAUCAACCAGAACCGCAGGAAGAGCAUGGGGAAAGGAACGAAACAGAAGACGUAAAACUAUUCUCAAAAGAAAUGUGAAGAAACGAGGGACAUUCCUAGAAAGAUGAGACGAACUAAACUGCCUCGAGCAGAAUCAGUGUUUAAAGAUCGGGACGGGGAGAACAAUGCCAUACCUAGCUCGCGUCGAUGCACCGCACCGGGUCAUGCGCAAGUGAGGGGCACAACUUGUGCCGCACAAGCAAGCAAAUCGUGUGAAAAGUAGGGCGAAGAAUGAUUGUGUGUGAAUGUUGUUAGCUUUAGGAGUUAUCCACGAGCAUGUUUCAAACGUUUAUCUACCCGUUUGUAAGCGUGAAAAGCUAUUUAUUUCUGUUUAGAUGAAGAUUUCCAACAUUAAAAGUACGACUUUACAACGAGCGAACUACCUA